AUAAUUUGUGACAUUGCGGUCCACUCCCACAGCCAUCACCGCCACGGAGCGUCUUGCUACGCGAACGCGCCUCAGUGGAGUCCUGAACGCGCGUCCAGCCCUCCAAAGCGCCAGCAGCAGAAGAGGAAAAGAUGCAUGUUUUACUUUGGUAGAUGCAUAUAUUUUAGUGCCUCACUGUCCUGUGGGGGGAGAAUACUCUGAUCACUUCAUCGAUACUCGUCGAUAAUCUUACACCAACCUUCUGUCACUCGUAGGGAGACAAAGAGGAGUCCAGUAGAGGUGAUGCGUUGUCUUCAGACCCUCCAUCAUUGUUUUUAUUAUUACAGCCCCUUUGCUUACUUUGGACAGAAGCCGGGAGAGACAUUUUUUUUCUUCAAGAAAUUAUCACCACAUGUGGACAAUGAGCAGAGGGAAGCCCUGAAUGUGAAAGGAUGGACAAAUCGACGUAAGCCAUGCCAUUUGUAAGCUAUGCAGAGAAGCCCUGAAGUCCAUUGGUAGCACGCCAAAGCUUAACCAGCAAGGCCAACAGAAACGAGCAAGUGGCCCAGAUUUGCCACCCUCUCCUUCUCACCUCCCACUGCCAUGGAGAGUGCACGCCCCCGCAUGUAGGAUGCCUGCUCCGUCCGACGCCCGGCAUCCCUUGCUGCCCGUCACCACCUCCUCCUUUUCCUCACGUGUGCCCGCUCCUUCCUCCAGUUCACUGCGGCCCCCCAGACUGUGCUCCGCCCCGCUCCAACAUGGUGGAUGAGGCGGCCACCAUGAAGGAUGAUGUCAUCAAUGCCAACACGCUGGCUUGGCUGGUCUGCUCGGGCGUGUCCAUCCUGGCCAACAUGUGGAGCAUCCUCAGCGUCAGCGCCAAGCAGAAAAAGUGGAAGCCGCUGGAGUUCCUCAUCUGUACGCUGGCAGGAACGCACAUCCUCAACAUGGCCAUCCCCAUCACCAUGUACUGUGUCAUAACGCUGCGUCGCCAGCACACCAACUACGAGUGGAACGAGGGCUUGUGCAAGGUGUUUGUGUCCACCUUCUAUACCCUUACACUGGUUACCUGCUUCUCCGUCACCUCACUCUCUUAUCACCGCAUGUGGAUGGUACGCUGGCCUGUCAACUACAGGCUGAGCAACACCAAGAAGCAGGCGGUGCACACAGUGAUGGGAAUCUGGAUGGUCUCCUUCAUCCUGUCCACGCUUCCAGCUGUGGGCUGGCACAACACUAUUGACCGCUUCUACACCUCUGACUGUCGAUUCAUUGUGACAGAGAUCGGCCUGGGGUUUGGGGUUUGCUUCCUGCUCUUGAUUGGUGGUAGCGUGACUAUGGGUGUGAUCUGCAUCGGCAUUGCUCUCUUCCAGACAUUCUCCAUUCAGGCAGGCCACAAAGCAGAUAAGAACAAGUUCAAUGUCCCCACCAUUGUGGUGGAGGAUGCGCAGGGCAAGCGUAGAUCCUCCAUUGAUGGGUCAGAACCUCUUAAGACAUCCUUGCAGAUCACUUACCUGAUCAGUGGCAUUGUCUUCAUCUAUGACUUCCUGACUGGCUUCCCCAUACUGGUGGUAAGCUUUGCCAGUCUGAAGUUCGACCGCUCGUACAACUGGAUGGUUCUGUGUGUGCUCUGGUGCUCCAUUGUCCAGUCCAUCCUGCUGCCCAUGUUCCUGUGGGCCUGUGACCGCUAUCGGGCCGACAUCCGCAUGGUGUGGGACAAGUGUGUGGCCAUCAUGUCCAAUGACGAGGUGGACGAGGAAAACAGCCAAGAUGGAGGAAUUCAUGUCGACUUAAUAUAUGACAGACCAUAUGACUAUAGCUCGUCGCCUGAAAUCGUGGCGGUAGACCGUAAUGCCAAGUAUGAGUUCUCAACCUUAGAAAGGGGGGUCCCGCAAGGGUAUCCAGUGAGGGAACAGCAGGAAGAUAAAAUGCAGUAUUUGCAGGUGCCCCCUACAAGAAGAUACUCCCACGACGAAACCGACAUGUGGACCAGCGACCGGAUCCCCUCCUACCUUCACCGGUGGGGCUCCAGCGAAGACAUGAUAGUGAGUGGCCACUACAGCUCCACCUUGCCGCGCCACGAGAGGCGCAGGAACAGCCUGGUCUCCUACCCCGAGGAGAGCCACCAUCACCGUCACCUUCACCGCAAGCGGCGGCGCUCUGAGGACACGCACUCCCUCAAGCACCUACCGCGUGUGGUUUGCGGAACCUACGAGGAUGACCUGCGCUGUUUCAGCCGGGACGAGGUCAUCAACUUUAUCGACGAAACGCCGAUGCCAAGCCCCAGGAAGAGCCCUCGGCGAGCAUCCACCAUCACCCUCAUCCCCAGCGUGUACGAGCAUCACACUGUCAUCCUUCCUCACUUUGCACUCACUGACUUUGAACGUGAGCCUCAAGCACUUAGGCGCCUCUCUGAACACAAAAGCAAGAGCAGCAGUCGGAGCUCCUCACUUGAAGGUUCUCCUAAGGGAGACAGGCCUAACAGUGGGAGCCCCAGGGGGGCUUGUGGCUCGGGAAAGAGGUGUCGAGGUGAUUCUUUGCAAGAUGCAAAGGGUGAGGUGGGCUUGCCUGGGGGCACCCCACAGACUCAUCGCUCUGCUUGUAGACCCAGGACAAGUGCAGCUGACUGGGCACAGCAGAAGCAGCUGAGCCUGGUUGAGAGUAAAGGAAGCACAAACAGUUUUGUAAGCACACCCUCUGCUUCAUCUUCAGGAUAUAUCACCUUCCACUCUGAUUCUGUUGGCUCUGCCUCCUAAAAAACAUGAUUCCCUUACAAUUGUGGAAUGAACUUGAGGUUUUUAUCAUGGACUCAAGAGUUAUUUGCCUUUUUCUACUUGUGGAUCCACUGUUUAACCACACGUCAACGUAUCGUUUGAAAAGGAGCUUUGGACAUCUCUUAAGCUCAAAAGGUUGUACUCCAUCUUUCACAUCCUAGAACACUCACUGAGGACAUGUUUUGUUCCAGCAUCUUCACAAGUUAACUCUUUUGGAAUUACAUUCACUACCUUCUUUAAGCUGUUUGGUGUUGUUUCCUGUAAUAUGCUGAUAUACAGUACAUUAAGGGAUGGAUUAUUGUAUAGAAACUUUUUUUUUCAGACCCAUUCUUUCCUACUCAUAAGCCUGGACAUUCACAUAUGAGCCAAUGGGUUUCUUUUUUCAUUUUGAUUAUGAUGUCAAAACAACUUAUUCCUAACACAUACUGAACAUUUUUGUCAAAGUUAACUACAGAAGUGGUGGUCCCAAACUCUGUACAGUGGUUGUUUGAGGUAUUGACAUUAAACGUGGGGUCCCCUAAUUUCUUAUAAAAAAAAAAACUGAAGCCAGGUUUUAGAUUGUCAUGUACUUUAUAAAAAGGGGUAUUAGGUGUGCUUUUUGUUCGCUUAAACUUUCUCACUGUUCAUCUAAUAUCUGUCUUUGCCCCAAAAGCACCAAGCCUGUUACAGACAGUCAGGUGAAGAUCCCAAAAUGCGGAGCCAGACACAGUUCAGGUCAAAAAUACAGUCUUUAAUGUAAGUGGAGCAGGAACCAAGUAACAACAGAAAUACAAAAGUCCAGAGUCCAAAACUGAGGUAGAACGGUGCAACUAAGGAAGCUCAAGCACGACAUAAGCCAUCGAGGGAAAGGCAAGAACUCACUGGUGAGCAGGACGGCGUCAUAAGGGGCAAGGAGGACGUGGAACAGGCUCUAAACACACAGCAGCCUUAUAGGUCAAAAAGAAUCGCAACAAACUGGAGCUUCCGAGCAGCAUGCAGAUCAGUAGUAACAAACCCACGUCCUCCUCCUGCUGCCAGGUGGCUUAAGAGCCCUUGAUGGCAGAGUGGUUACAGGUUCGCCUCGUGGCGCCACCCACUCAGGGAAUGAAGGAAUCUAAAAGGAAGCACAACAGAGGUGAAAAGGUGAUAACACUAAAUGAAGCAGAACCACAAACAGACCUUUACAAAGCCAGUCCAAGCAGGAAAUGCUGCUUGUUUCCGACAUCUGAUUUUUUUCAGUUGACCACCAACUUCAUUAAUUUAUGUAGCCACAACAAAGUUAUAUACAGACCUGAUCAAAAUCUUAAGACCAGUUGAAAAAUUGCUCGAAUUUGCAUUUUGCCCAUUUGGAUAAGCAGCGCUACAAUAUGCAAAAGCAAGGGGGAGUGAGACAAUAAACUUUUGGAACUUGUAAUUUAACCAAAAAAAAGAAAUAGGUUGUUUGUCACCUGAUCAAAAGUUUAAGACCACAGGCUAUAAAAGCCAAAAUCUGCUCAAAAUGUUAAUUUUCUGUCAGGCAUUCACACUAUCAUGCCCUCCUGAUGGCUAAAGCUAAGAAGCUUUCUCUUUUUGAACGUGGUCGGAUUGUCGAGCUGCAUAAGCAAGGCCUCUCGCAGCGUGCCAUUGCUGCUAAGGUUGGGUGCAGUAAGACAGUCAUUCUACAUUUUUUUGAAAGAUCCUGAGCAUUAUGGAACAAAAAAGUCAAGUGGUAGACCCAAAAAAAUCACACCUGCGUUGAGCCGGAGGAUCUGAUUGGCUGUCCAUCAAGACACAGGGCGGCCUUCCACCCACAUUAAGGCCCUUACUGGUGCUGACUGCAGCACAAUAACCAUCAGACAGCAUCUGCGGGAAAAGGGUUUAAAAAACAAAAAACGAAUUCAAAGACCUCGUCUCCUUCAACACCACAAAACUGCCCAUUUAGACUUUACCGGGGAGCAUCAAACAUGGGACAUUGAAAGGUGGAAAAAGUUUUAUUCUCUGAUGACAAAAAAUGUAACCUUGACGGUCCAGAUGUCUUCCAACGUUACUGGCAUGACAAGGAGAUCCCACCUGAGAUGUUUUCUACCCGGCAUAAUGGAGGGGGUCCAUCAUGAUUUGGGUUGCUUUUUCAUUCAGUGGAACACUGGAGCUUCAGGUGGUGCAGGGUCGUCAAACGGAUACAGAUGUUGCAGCGGGCAUCCCUCAUGACUGAGGGCCCUCGUCUGUGUGGUAACAGCUGGGUUUUUCAACAGGACAACGCUGCAGUUCACAAUGCUCGCUUGACCAAGGACUUCUUCAGGGAGAAUAACAUCACUCUUUUGGACCAUCUUGCAUGUUCCCCUCAUUUAAAUCCCAUAGAGAACAUUUGGGGAUGGAUGGCAAGGGAAGUUUAUAAAAAUGGCCAUCAGUUCCAGACAGUUGAUGCCCUUUGUGAAGCCAUCUUCACCACUUGGAGCAAUGUUCCCACUAGCCUCCUGGAAACACUCGCAUCAAGCAAGAACGGUGGAGCUACUCAUUACUGAGUCCUACAGAGAACAUUUUUUGUUCUGGUUUGGAGAGUUUUUUGUUAUUUUUUUUUUAGCGAUGGUCUUAAACUUUUGAUCAGCUGAUAAACAGCCAAUUUCAGUUUAAUUGUUGUUUUCAAUAAAUUACUUUUUCAAAAUGCUUUUUGUCUCACUCCCCCUUCUUGCUUUUGGAUAUUGUAGCUCUACUUAAAACCUAAUUAAGAUCCAAAUGUGCAAAAUGUAAAUAAGGCAAUUAUUCAACUGGUCUUAAGAGUUUGAUCAGGAGUGUAAUGUAUACUUACAGCCUGACCAGAUGUAGCAUGGCUUCAAUGGCUAUUCCAUUUGACGACAAAACAAAACACAUUACAUCGUGCAUCCCUGUGCAUUUGCCAUUCAGGAUUCACAGCCCUGCAAAUUUGUAGAUUUUUAUUUAAAAAAAAUAUAUAUAUAUAUAUAUAUAUAUAUUUCUCUGAAAAUAGGCUAUUUUCUCCCACAGAAAACACAUCACAUUCAUCCUAAGUUGAUAGUAAUUUCUAAAUAUGUGAUAAUACAAGUAAAAUGUACAGCAUACAUGCACCACUGUUAAAAAAAAAACAUUUUUUUUACUUGUAUGCUUCUGUAUUUUUUAUUUUUGUAUAUCAUCAAGUGUUGAGAUUUCGCAUUUUGUUUGGCAGUCCUUGAAUGCACCAUAGUUGCUGUGAGAAGUGAAACUUAUACAUUAUAUAACUUGAACACAGCUACUCUGAUUCCAUCUGUUCAUCAAUCAUCUUUGAUGGUAUACAUUUUAUUUUUGGUAUAAAUGGUAUACAUUUUGAAUGCAUUUAAUAAGUGUGUGAGUCAAAUUGAAGAGACUGGAUUCUGGAGCUGAAUCUAAUAAUUACAACAGUCCCUCUUAUUGCAAAUGUUGAUCCAAAAUUGGAGGAGAAAGUCAACCUCAAGCUAGCAGGAGGGUUUGGAGGGGAUGGGAGCGAUCCAUGUGUCGAAAAUAAAUAUUUUGAUCAAUUACUCGAGAUUUUCGACAUUCGCUGGUGGUCCUGGAAUCUAACCCCACGAAAAGCGGGGAUCUACUGUAAAUGCGUUAUUAAACUGUAAUUUAUGCAAACAUAAAUGAAUAUCUGGAUAUCUGAAUAUCUCUGAAUAUCUUUCAUGACUAAAUGAAAUAAUAAUAAUAUUGUUCGUCAUCUUCGUUAGGAUCUUUUGUUGUCAUUUAUACAAAGUUGUCUUGAUUGUCUCUCAUAUUAGUGCACCUUUCUCACAUCACAUUCCCCUACAUUGACUUUAGGAUUCUAUUGUGUUGACAAGAUGAAAGAAUAUAUGAUUUUGUAACAUAUUCAAAGAUCUAUGGUUCAAAUAUGACUGAUGCUUAACUGUUAUAAGUUCCUAGAUGAUUUGUUUCAAUUAUAAAAGGAUGUGUCUGAUUAAAUUCACAAGCUCAUGCAUCAAGUCUGUGUG